UUCGCAAGAUAUCUCGAGGGGGCCGUCGGUAGAGGUCGAGAGCGUUUCCGAGGUGGAAUCCUCAAGCGAACAGCCCUCGACGAACAACGACCUUGCCUUAGCUGAGGAGGUACAGAGCAGCCUUCGGGCAGAGAUGGAGGCGGAGGAGUUUGAGCAAGUGGUGGAGGAUGAAGAGAUGGCCAUCGCCGUCCAAGUGGCUGAGGAAGAAGAGGAGAAGGAGCGCCGUCGGGUAACGGUUGCUGUUAUGCCCUCACGGGGAGCUGGUGAGGCGAGCACCUCUCGCCCGUUGGAUGUUCAACCCCUCAGGGUAGCCGAGGGUAGGAAGAAGAAGUCGAGGGUCGCCCCGAAGAAGAAACAGGCAGCCGUGGAUGCGGGGAGGCCGGUUGGGAUCCCCGAGGGUCACUCCUACUUGGAUACCACUGCCUUGGAGGUGAAGACUACGGCCUCGAGUGCCGACUGCCACGCCCUCCAGGUCCUCGUGGGGCCAUCGGCACAAGUCGUGGAGCCGGGGCCCGAAGACUUGUUAUCUCAUCCCCCGGAGGGAUGUUUUGCGGUGCACACGUUGUCGGUGGAGUUGGGCCUCAGGUUCCCACUUCAUCCCUUCGUCCUUGAGUACCUAAGGUACGUGAAGCUGGCCCCCUGCCAGCUUACCCCGAAUAGCCACUACUACCUGGCGGGCUUCCUAUCUCUAUGCCGAAGCCGGAAGGUGGAGGCCACGUUGGAGCAGUUUUUCCUCUCAUUCAACUUGUGCCGAGGGGGGCACUCUCAUGCCGGCGGGUACGCGAAUCUACAGCAGGUCCCUGCCUGGAAGCUUUUCUCCGAGACUCCUUCGUCUCACAAGGAUUGGAAGGAGAAGUUUUGCUACGUCAGGAUAGCGGAGAAUCCAUUCCCGGGGGCUUUGCGGGAUCACUUCAAGAGACACCCGAAGGUGGGUAGUGCGGCCCUCCAGAAGGCCGGCAAGAAGCUGAUGGAGAAACCCGAGGGCUCGGACAAAGUCAUCGCCAUCAAGCAGGCCACGUUGGCCGAGGAUCUGUACCUGCUGGGCUUCCGGAGGUAUCGCCUUCCGGGGGAUAAGGAUGAGAAGUAUCCCCUGAUUGAUCGUGGGUACUUAAACUCCGGAGGUUGUUGCCGAGGGCUUUGAUUUUUGGUACUUAGAAAAUUUCUCUUUCAUUCGUUGCGGUUCUAACCGUUCCUUUUCUUGUGCAGGUGAUAUUAUGGAUCCGAAGGCGUUCGCCAAGCUGACUAAGAAGCUUUCCAAGGAGCCCAGGAAGAAGAAGGAGGAGGGGUCUUCCUCACAGCCCCAAGUAGGUGCCUUCUUCGAGAAGGAGAAGACCCUUGAGGGUCAAGGGCCCUUAAGGGAGGCCACCACCGUGCAUGCCGGUGCUGACGCCGGAGGCUCCAAGGCGGGGGAGCUCAAGAGGAAGAACGCCGGGAAGGGCUUACAGCCCCCGGAGAAGAAGAAGGCAAAGGGGGACGCCGGACAGAAGGAUACCCCCGUGGUGGUUAUUGACGACCUCCCGGCCGGCCAACCGUCAGCCUCUGCUCCCCUAGAGGAUCUCGUCGAGGGGGCCUGGCCCCUCGAGACUGUACAUUUCCCAAUCAAAAAGGGAACAGCCAUCAUGCAUGGCACCCUCGAUCCGAGGGAGUUCUUGAAGGGUGCCACUCCUUCGGUAGAUCGGUCCACCCUCAGCCGGUUCGGGGAUGAAGCCCUCGAACUUAAGGCUCUCCAAGCUUCGGCCACUGCGAGCCUGGCCUUCGGGGAACUGGUUCGUAGGGCGGAGCAGCAUCGCCUCGAGAGGGCAAAAUCCGCCGAGGUGACGAGGAAGCUGGUGGCCAAUAAUACCGAGGCCAUUCGGCAGCUGGCGAUUUUGGAGGAGGCCCUCCGGCAGGCGGAGAAGAAAUUGGAGGCAGCCAAGGAGGGAGCCCGGGCCGAGGGGAAAGCUGAAGCCGAGAGGGCCGCUGCUGAGGCCGCCAAGAUAGCCGCCGAGAAGGCUGAGGAGGCUAAAGCGGAAGCUAUCUCUAAGGCCAAGGAAGAGGCGGUGGCGGCUUUUAUUGCUGACGGCUGGAAGGCCGAAGAGCAGAAGCAGUGGGUGGCCUCAGUGGUGGAGGCUUCUGCUGAUGGCUGGGUGAAGGGCCCCGGGGCAAUGUGGUUGGCCCUGAAGGGCAAGAGUUUUUAUGAGGGUGCCCAAUUUUUCACCCAGGCCAUGCUCUAUCGAAGGCUGGCCCGGCAUCACGGAGUAGAGCCGAAGGACUUCAAACCGGAGAAUUAUGGCCUCCCCCCUCUUCUUCCUGACGUGAGAAUCCCCCUUCCUGAGGGUGAAGAGAGGCAACUGCUCGAGGACUCUGAACUGGCCAAGUGCGCCGAUGAUGAUGAUGAUGACGAGGAUGCCGAGGAUGAUGCGGCCUCCAAGCCGAAGGAGGAUGGAGCUGAAAACGUCCAAUCUUGAAAUUUCCCUCACAAAUUUGUAAUAGCUUGUAAUCUCCGGCUUCGGCCAUGAUUGUAAACAAAUACACUUUCUUUUGUAAUGAGUGAAUGUUUUGCCUACGGGCUUUUUGAAUGAGUAGUAUAUGCCUUUUCUCCAUUUGUAUUCGAAUAUAUGUCUUUGCUUUCUUUCAUUGGUGUAUGAGUGUUUGUCUUUCCUCCCUAUCGCUUGUAUUCCCGAAGGCCAUAAGUUUAUGGACUUAGAAAUUUCUCUAAGUAAAACCCUGCAGCAAGCCUCCUGUUGUAGCGUGAAAUUACCGGGGGCCAUUAGUUGUGGACUCAGAAAAUUUUCCAAGAAAAACAUGAUCAGAACCCUUCGGAUGUAGAGUAGAGUCACCGGGGGGCUCGUGAUUGUUUACUUAGGAAUUUCCUAAGUAACAUUCCCACCGUAGGUCUCCGGUAAUGUCAUUGGAAUUGCCCCCG